GCACACAGAGCCCAGAGAGUGUGUGGAGAGUGUCAGAGUGUGAACCAGGGCUUAAACAGUUCCGUGAUGUGACGCGUGGACUCUGCCGCUCGGUGUGUGUGACGUGAGGUUGGAGUGUGUGGAGAAGGUGUUUGGAUACCUGUGCUGCUGCUUUUUUUUUUUUUUUUUUUACUUGUGCUGAGGAUGGGCUUGCUGAUGGAUAAUCUGCUGAGUGACUUUUUAGGCGACAUGUGAACGUAAGGCAGUGCAGCUUUAGUCAGAGAGCUCUUGCUUUUGCUUUUUUACAUGGGGGGGUAAUGUGUGUUUGUGAUACUAAUCUAAUUUAAGUGUUCACAACAUAUUGAGACAGCUGCUGAUUGUCUCGUCUGAAGUGAGUUCUGUGAGUGCUCGAGAGGUGUGUUUGUGUGCAUGCUACUGUGCGGUUUAUCAGCAAUUCCGCUGACUUGUUAGAUGUGUGAAUGAUGACGUGCGAGUGAAGUUAAUGUGAGUGUGUAUUUGUUGUGUUGUAUGUGGCAGGUUGUGUGUGCAUGAGUGUGUGUGUGUGUGUAUGUCGGGGCGAUGUACCGGCGUUCACCCUGUGCCAGAGGAAGGGUUCACUUUGACUUCAGUGAGGAAGUCAUCAGGAAACUCCACGCCGCCAACCACAGCCACACGCACAGUUUCGAUGUGGAGAAUGGCCCGUCUGCCAGCUGCAGCCCCCUGGACCCCCAGGCUUCCCCCGGCUCCGGUCUGGUCCUCCACACUAACUUCCCGGGUCACAACCAGCGGCGGGAGUCCUUCCUGUACCGCUCGGACAGCGACUAUGAUCUCUCUCCCAAGUCCAUGUCAAGAAACUCCUCCAUCGCCUCGGAAUUACAUGGAGAUGACCUGAUCGUAACGCCUUUUGCUCAGGUUCUUGCAAGCCUUCGUAGUGUGAGGAAUAACUUCACUGUCCUGACAAAUGUCCAGUGUGCCUCAAGCAAGAGGUCUCCUGUAGCACCGACUCAGCCUCCAAUCACCAGAGUUUGUCUACCAGAUGAGGCGUACCAGAAGCUGGCCAUGGAGACGAUGGAGGAGCUGGACUGGUGUCUGGACCAGCUGGAGACCAUCCAGACCUACCGCUCUGUCAGCGACAUGGCCUCCACCAAGUUCAAGAGAAUGUUGAAUCGGGAGUUGACGCACCUAUCGGAGAUGAGUCGGUCUGGAAAUCAGGUUUCAGAAUUCAUCUCCAACACCUUCCUAGACAAGCAGAACGAUGUGGAGAUCCCGUCGCCGAUGUCCAAGACGCGAGAGAAGAAGAAGCAGCAGCUGAUGACACAGAUCAGCGGGGUCAAGAAGAUCUCCCACGGGCCCUCGCUCUCCAGCAGCAGCGUCUCGCGCUUCGGCGUCAAGACCGACAAGGAGGAGCUGCUGUCCAAGGAGUUGGAGGACCUCAACAAGUGGGGCCUGAACAUCUUCACCGUCUCCGAGUACUCGCACAACCGGCCUCUCACCUGCAUCAUGUACGCCAUCUUCCAGGAGCGAGACCUGUUGAAGACAUUUAAGAUCCCAAUGGAUACAUUUGUGGCCUACAUGAUGACGUUGGAAGAUCACUACCAUUCAGAUGUGGCCUACCACAACAGCCUGCACGCUGCUGAUGUAGCCCAAUCCACACACAUCCUCCUCUCCACUCCGGCCCUGGAUGCCGUCUUCACAGAUCUCGAGAUCCUCGCAGCCAUCUUUGCUGCAGCUAUCCAUGAUGUUGACCAUCCUGGAGUAUCAAACCAAUUCCUUAUUAAUACCAACUCGGAGCUGGCGUUGAUGUACAACGAUGAGUCCGUGCUGGAGAACCAUCACCUGGCUGUGGGAUUUAAACUGCUGCAGGAAGACAACUGUGAUAUCUUCCAGAACCUCACCAAGAAACAGAGACAGUCCCUGCGCAAGAUGGUCAUUGACAUGGUUUUGGCCACUGACAUGUCCAAACACAUGAGUCUGCUGGCUGAUCUGAAGACUAUGGUGGAGACAAAGAAGGUGACGAGCUCUGGAGUGCUGCUGCUGGACAAUUACACCGACAGGAUACAGGUGCUGAGGAACAUGGUGCACUGUGCUGACCUGAGUAACCCCACCAAGUCCCUGGAGCUGUAUCGUCAGUGGACUGAUCGGAUAAUGGAGGAGUUCUUCCACCAGGGAGACCGAGAGAGGGAGAGGGGGAUGGAGAUCAGCCCGAUGUGUGAUAAACACACAGCUUCAGUGGAGAAGAGCCAGGUGGGUUUCAUAGAUUACAUCGUACACCCUCUGUGGGAGACCUGGGCUGAUCUGGUUCACCCCGAUGCCCAGGACAUCCUGGACACACUGGAGGACAACAGGAACUGGUACCAGAGCAUGAUCCCCCAGAGCCCCUCCCCGCCCUUCUACGACCAGGGAACGCACGGGGGAAACACGGGCGGUCAAGGAGGUGGAGAAAAAUUCCAGUUUGAGCUGACCCUAGAGGAGGAGGACUUGGACGGAAUAGAGAAAGAUGGAGAUGAUGAGGAGGAGGAGGAAGAAGAAGAAGAAGAGGAGGAAGAAGAAGAAGAGGAGGAUAGUUUAGGAGAUUCUCGUUCCCCUCCUCUGGACUAUUUGGACAGUCAGGAUCAGGAGGAAGACAGCAACAUGAUGGAGCCGGCAAUAGAGAUUGUGACGCACGAGGCAUCACCUACAGACACAUAGGGGCUUCCAUCAUCGCGCUCACCAAAUGGUGAUUUGGAAGCUUUUUGAAAAGGGGGAGAUCCUCUUGCGGCUGUGCUUUUUAGAAAAGCCCACAGGCAAGGGCUUUAGUUUUCGUCCCCGCAAAGGGGGGCGUCUUGCACUUGGGUGUUUGAAGCCAGCGGACAGUUUGAGCGGAGCGGCUUCAGAGUUCUCAGGAAAUAACGGCUGCGAACAUUUUAGUCUUGAUGAUGGACGGGCAAGGCUGAGGGUGGAACUUGAAGGAUUUCGGCCAGUGGGGAGAAAAGGUUCCUUUUUCUUUUUCUGGACUGGCAUUAAAAGGACACAAAUCGACACUACUGAGAGAAGUUUUGUACCUUAAGACUUUUUUUUUUUUUACAUUCAAAGAUCUAGAAGUAGCAUAGAGUAAGAUCUACUGAUGAAGACACAUUUGUAUAGAAGAGAAAGUGUUUACUUUUUUCCUGUACCAUUUGUCAAAGGACUUUUGUGUGCCUUUUUUUACUAUUGUCUUUAUAAUAGUUUUUUAUUUAUUGAACACUCUAGUAUGUCUGUGACUUUUUUUUUUUUCUAUCUGAAAGAGCAAAAUCUUUUUGUAUGUUAAAAAGAGAACAGUCUUCCAUGUAUUGGGCAAUAGAGAAAUCCAAACAAACGUCAACAAACAAACUCAUCAACAUAGGGAAACAGGAACACCAACAUUUGACCAACACUCAUCUUUUUAUCUCGUUUGUUUUCCGAUCAGAGCACAAUGUUUUCCUUGGAAUUCAGACGCUUAUGUUGCAUGUUAAGUUUGUUACUGUCGGUGAUGCAUUGCCUAUUUUCAUACUCCCAUCUUUUCUACUUUUCUUUUAAAUGGUCUGCAGAUUAUUUGGGAUUCCAACCUUUUUCACACCAAAGCAAGACUUUGAAUGCUUAAAUGCUCAAAUUUUGAAAUCCUAUGCUUGCAACUAUGGUGUAAAAAUACAUGAUUUAUAAAAAUCAUGCAUCAAAUUGUUGUUUUCGUGGUGUGAAAUAGACGCACAGGUCCUGUUAAAACCAAAACUCCCACUAAAGAGCCACCAAAGUUCAAAGUUGUUAUGAUUAUCAGUCUCUGAGAGAAUAAGAAAUAAAGUCUGACAAGGACUAUUCUAUUCUAUUCUAUCUAUAUAGAAUCUAUAUAGCCCACAUGUAUGCUGCAGUCUUAAUAAUCAUGUUAGUAAGAGCGGGCCUUAACCCUAGACUGGGUCUGAUGUAACGCCCCCCUCCUCCUGCCCCUCUGCAAUCAGGCCCAGACCAUGAUGAUGAUUAAAGGUGCUCAUACAGCUGCCUGUCUGAAAGGCGCUCUCAGACCCUCAUCAGCGCCACCAUUCACGUGGUUUACAAACCCCUCUGGGCUUCACAGACACGACCCCAAAAACAAUCAGGCCAGCUAUUUCUUCCUCACCAUUAAAAAAAAAUCCCUCAAGGGCAGCGGCUGCUCAUUGACGUCAAUUGAUUUUUUUUUUUUUUAAAUCCCUCCCCCUUCACUGUAUCAGGUUUCCAGGACAGUGGGAUUAUUAGGAUUUGGCAGAGAUGGAAUUGCUGGAUUCAGCGUGGCAGACUUUCCCCCUGAUAUGAGAGAAAGGAAUAAUUAGGUGCUCUAUUUUUAAAACAUUGAAAGAAAUCGCGACAGAAGCGUUUGGGAAUAUGGUUUAAAAAUGGUUUGCAGACUAUACAUUCCUGCUCCUGUUUAUGGAUGUUCUUAAUACAUCUAUAAAUCUGUUCAUUUUCAUAAUGGUUUACUGAUAAACUCAAAGGUACUUCAUCUAAUUUCACUCCAGCAUGAGUAAGUGUGCAGUACGUAUGAAUGGAAGUGUGUGUGUGUGUGUGUGUGUGUGUUUGGAUGUGUUUCGUAAUCAGGCCUCACCCCCCCCCCCCCCCUUCCAUCACUCCACACCUUUGUCUCUACUGUUUGUUGCUAGGAGCUCAAGUUGGUCCUUUUUGCUGUUUAUAACAGUGUGUAUUUAUUCUCUACUUUAAGCUUUGUAUAUAAGAAAUACUGGUUCAGUGUAAAAUCUAUUUUAAUUUAUAUGCACUUGCAUUACCUGGAAGUGGUGGUGUCUUAUGUGUAGAAGGCUCCAGAUUAGAGUCUUUUUUAUACGUGUAUUAUGUUUUUAUAUAAAUAUAUAUAAAUAUAUCUAAGUAUAUAUUCGCACAAUGUUUUGAGUAACCAGCAGAGCAGAAGCUAAAGAGACAUGUUGCUGCUGUCAAAUGAAAAUGUUGUAACUUCAAAAUUAAACAUAGAAUCCUCUUUUAACUCUUUAUUCAGCGUAUUGUGCAAAGAUAUUGAACUUUUGCAUCACUUUGGAUUCUUAAAAAACAGAUCAAGCAUCAUUUUAUAGAUUUUGGUCACAUUUCUUAAAACCUAAAUUAGACUAAGGACUUUGAAUUCCCUAUUUUGAUCAUGAAGUGUUUUGUGUUUGUGCUUGGACACAAAUCAAUUUGAGUUCUUUUGAAGCUCCAAUGUUUUUACCUGACAGCAGCAAAUUGAAAACCCAGAGGCCACAUAGAGGACAUGUUAAACUGUGUAGGAUAAAGGAUACAUAAAAGCUAGCUAAGACAGCUCGAUGCUUGGUAUCAAGAACACAAUCAGCUCAUUUUCUCUCUAAGCUUUUCCAUCCAGCAUUUGAAUGCAGAUUGCUGAUACACGAGAAACAGGUUCAACUGACAAACAGGAAGCGAUUGACUCCUUUUACACUUGACGCACUUCAUGUAAAAGUAGAUAACACGGGGAGCGUAUUGGUAGCAUGCUUCAAUACUCCCUGCACUGAUGUGAAUCGUUCUGAAUUAACAACAAAACAUGAUCUUAUGUAACCUGAUUGUGCUCAUGUGUGAACUCUCUCUGACCAAACGUGUUAGCAGUUUUGAGAUUCAGAUGUGUCAGUAUUGACAUUGUUUUUCUAUGUUGGAGCUUUGUUUGGUCCUAGUUGUGUCCAAAUGGUUAGCCAGGUUUAGCACUAUCUGCAUGAGAGAUGGUUUUUUUUUUAUUGUCAAUAAUAUGUUCCAAGUCCGCCAGUUGUUGGCAGGUGGGUUAUUCAAUGUUUCACACAAUGUAUGGUAUUAUAUUGUAUAUUGUGUUCAAAAAUAAAUCUGAAAUACUUUUUCUAUUAAGUGAUUAAAAGAAAAGCAUGAAUAUA